UAACUAUUGCAAGCGUUCCCUUCUGAAGUAUGACUGGAGUAUUUGACCGGAGAAUCCCGAGUGUCAAACCUACAGAUUUCCAGACGUCUUUCCAGCUCUCCGCCAUGCAUCAUCCCUCCCAGGAAUCUCCUACUUUACCCGAGUCCACCGCCACGGAUUCUGGCUACUACAGUCCCGCCGCUGGAGUCUCUCACGGCUACUGCUCGCCCACUCCCACCUCGUACGGAAAGCCGCUCAAUGCCUAUCAGUACCAGUACCCGGCCGUGAACGCAUCUGCAGGGAAUUUUCCGACUAAAUCUUACACAGACUACAGCGCGUACACGACCCCAGCCUACCACCAAUAUGCUGGUGCCUACAGCAGAGCUCAGCCAAGUCCACAAGAAAAGGAGAUUGCGGAGCCCGAGGUGAGGAUGGUGAACGGGAAGCCGAAGAAAGUGCGGAAACCUCGGACCAUCUACUCCAGUUUCCAGCUGGCAGCCCUGCAGAGGCGCUUCCAGAACACGCAGUACCUGGCCUUGCCCGAGAGAGCCGAACUGGCUGCAUCGCUCGGUCUCACGCAAACGCAGGUGAAAAUCUGGUUCCAGAACAGGCGAUCCAAACUGAAGAAGAUCAUGAAAAACGGCGAGCUCCCCCCGGAACACAGCCCCAGCUCCAGCGACCCCAUGGCGUGCAACUCGCCGCAGUCCCCGGCCGUGUGGGACGCACACGGGCCCCCCAGGCCUCACAGCCUGCAGCCGCAAAGCCUCAACACGUCGUCCUCUAACUUUUUGGAAAGCUCGGGGUCGUGGUACACGUCCUCGGUCGGCACCUCGGUGGCCGCCCACCUGCAGACCCCCAACUCGAUACAGCACUCGUUGGCUCUCGGAGCGGGGACCUUAUAUUGAAGAAAACAAACAAAAACAAAAAAACAAAAACAAAAAAAAAACUGUUGUUCAUUGCAUUUUUUUUUUCAAAAAAAAAAAAAAAAAAAAAAAACUUCUAUGGAACUCGUGUUGACAUUUCAGGGGAAUAUGCAAUGUAUUUGACAGUCAUAGAAGAAACGUGUAAAAUGUGUAAAUGUGUGCAUGUAAUUUAUUGCAUUUUUUUGGAAGACUAUUAAACGUUUAAAUGCAA